AGUCUUUCUAGCCAGUUAGAAAUAACAGACCCUGCUAUUAGGAAGUGAUCAUGUACAUACACUCAAGUGUGUGCAAAAGGAAAUUCUGUUUAUGACCAUUCCCUUUUACUCACACCUCACUGCCCCACUGCUUGAGUUAAAAGGGGACUGCACUUACGCUCGGGGUGUGUGGACUUCCGUGACGUCACCUAUCCGGUGGCUGCACUGUGGGAACGGUAUAAAUCCGCGCCACUAUCCAAAUCGAUGGGAAAAGUUGCACUGGAGUUCAAGCGCGGUCUCCUAUUGCGUGACUGGGGGGGGGGACAUCUGCAGGAAUAACACAUAUUAUAUAUCUGCAAGCAGCAGAUAGCACCAGAGUCAGCAGAGAUGAUGAAUUGUAUCCUAAUCUGUCUGCUAUGUGGAAUGUAUGGUGCUCUUGCAAGGGACAAAGAUCAGAAGGGGAAGUACAGAGUCCCUCGUCUGGAUGUGAAAAGCCGGCAGCUGGUCCUCGACACCAACCAGACACUAGUGCUCAGCUGCAGAGGUCGCUGGGAGCUGGAGUGGACGUACCCAUCGGGUUUGGCCAGAGAUGAGGUGCGAGUGGAGGAGUCUCGCUGUGGGAGGACGCGCCAGCACUACUGCAGCGGUGUGACGGUGAGCGGCGCCCAGGCCCGGCACACCGGCCCGUAUAGCUGCUGGUACCGGCACCGAACCCAAAAGCAGACCUCCGUCUAUGUCUACGUCACAGACAGCAAGCAGCCAUUUGUGGCCCAUCCGGAUCCGAGUGUGAGCCCACAUGUGUUGUACAUACAGGAGAACCAGCCGCUGGUCAUCCCCUGCCAGGUCACCCACCCGAACGUCACCACCACACUGGUCAAGUACCCCAACCGCAAGCUGACCCUGGACCACAGAAGCAUUGUCUGGAACAGCGAGCAAGGCUUCACCAUCCAAAGCCCGACCUUCUCGUACGUUGGCCUCAUCUACUGCCAGGCGGUCACCGAGGGCGUCGUACACAAUUCACGUACAUACUAUGUACACAGAUAUGUGAGUAAAAUCAUGGAGGUGUAUCUGAACAGCAGUGGACCCGUGCGCGCCCUGGAGGGAGAGAGGAUGGUCUUGAACUGCACCGCCACCGGGGAGUGGAACACCAGAGUCAACAUCACCUGGGACUACCCCGGAAAGAAAAAAAACACCAGCUCCACUUACAAGAGGCUCCUGAUGCAACAAACGCACAUGUUGUUUUACAAUAUUCUCACAAUCCCGAAGCUGCAGACUUCAGACCGAGGCCGCUACACGUGCCGCGUGACCAGCGGGAAGAACACCAAACAACAGAAAGUCACGGUUUCCGUCUAUGACCGUCCAUUUAUUCGCCUAAAGCCCCAACAUGGAUCUGUUAUGGAGGUACAGAAAGGAGAGAAAUCUUACCGAAUCUCUCCCAAUCUCCGAGCGUUCCCUGUCCCUGAGGUCGUCUGGAUGAAGGAUGGUAAGGUGGCAGCAGACCAAUGCUCCAGAUACCACAUGGACGGGACUUCCCUGGUGAUCCGGGAUGUGGCGGAGGAGGACGCCGGGAAGUACACUGUCCUCGUACGCAUCCAGGAGCACAGACUCUACCAGAAUCUCACGCUCACACUCGUGGUCAAAGUGAGUCCACAGAUUGGGGAGAAAGCCGUGUCGUUGCACGACCCCGGCUCGGUGCCCCGGGGCAGCAGACAAGCCCUUCACUGCACGACCCACGGAGUUCCUCCUCCACACAUCCAGUGGCUCUGGCAUCCCUGCCCGUCCAAAGGCCUGUGCGUGUCUCCAACGUCCUCCUCGCCAUGGAGCCCUGUGAGAGAGCGAAUCCCCGCCACGUCCACAAGCAACCACGUCCGGAGUGUUACUCACAGACAGGAAGUGCUCCAGGGGAAGCAAAAGACAGUGGGGGUCCUGACUGUGGCGGAGGCCUUUGUGUCUGGAGUUUACCGCUGCGUCGCCUCCAACGCCGUCGGCACCGACCAGCUGGACUUCCACUUCUACGUCACAGACGUCACAGGAGGCUUCAGUGUGAGCCAGAGGGAGGAAGCCAGAGAGGGCGGAGACCUCCACCUCACCUGUGUGGCCAGCAAGUAUCUGUACACAGCGUUGUCGUGGCAACAGGUGAACGCGACGGAGGACGCCCAUCCCCGCGGCCCUGACCUGAGCGCUCAGCGCCUCUCGUCAGGGGAGUUUUCCAAUAGUCUGGUCCUGUUGCUAAGCAACCUGACAGCCAGAUACUCCGGAGGAUACCGAUGCUCCGCCCGCCACCUGAUCACGGGACAGGAGACACACCUGGACAUACAGGUGGUUGUCACAAUUCUGGAGCCUCCGGUGCUGCUUAACAAUCUUACCGAUUGUACGGUUAACGCCAGCGCCUCGCUGAUCCUGAGCUGCCCCUCGGAAGGCGUCCCACCCCCGGCCGUUACAUGGUACAAGGAUGACCGCGCUCUGUUCCAGGGAUCAGGUAUCGUGAUAUCGCCAGAAGAUGGGACCCUCCACGUGGAUCGGGUCACAGUGGAGGACCAGGGCCUUUACACGUGCCGGGCCACCAAUGUGAGGGGCUCUGCAGAGAGCUCUGCCCAUAUACGGGUCAACGGAGCCACAGAAGCAUCAUUUCUGGAGAUUCCCGCCCUCACCUGCACCUGUGUCGUUGCCGCUCUAUUCUGGCUUUUGUUGACUCUCUUCAUACGCAAACUGAGACAGCCGAGUCACGCGAACACCAAACCUGAGUACCUGUCGAUCAUCCUGGACAGUGGAGAGGGGCCAAUAGAGGAGCAGUGUGAGAGACUGCAAUACGACCCCAACCAGUGGGAGUUCCCUCGGGAGCGGCUCAAAUUAGGGAAACCUCUGGGCCGUGGAGCCUUCGGGAAGGUGAUGCAGGCAGCUGCGUUUGGGAUAGAAAACGCCUCCAGCUGCAGCACUGUGGCUGUUAAGAUGCUCAAAGAGGGAGCUACAGACAGCGAGCACAAGGCGCUGAUGACCGAGCUGAAGAUCCUCAACCACAUCGGUCAUCAUCUGAAUGUCGUCAACCUGCUGGGAGCCUGCACCAAACUGGGAGGGCCGCUGAUGGUCAUUGUGGAAUACUGUCGGUAUGGGAAUCUUUCUACCUUCCUGAAGGGAAAGAGAGACGUGUUUGUGCACAACACGGUGGGUCAACGAUGCUGUUUGACUCAAAACAGGACCUCGCCUGCCAGAGGAGAGGACGGGGGGCCGGCUUCUGUCGCCGGCAUGUCUGAGUUUGAUGAGCGAGACGCCAAAGAAAAGCCCCCCAGUCACAAAUCGGCCUCCAACUCGCCCUUAUUCCCAGAGGAUCUCAUCUCUUUCAGCUACCAGGUGGCACGAGGAAUGGAGUUUCUGGCCUCUCGCAAGUGUAUUCACAGAGACCUGGCAGCCAGGAACAUCUUGCUUUCUGACAAUAAAGUGGUCAAGAUCUGUGACUUUGGUCUGGCCAGAGACAUCUACAAAGACCCCGACUACGUCCGCAAGGGAGACGCCCGCCUCCCUCUUAAGUGGAUGUCUCCGGAGUCCAUCUUUGACAAGGUGUUCACCACGCAGAGCGACGUGUGGUCGUACGGCGUUCUGCUGUGGGAGAUCUUCUCUCUGGGAGCUUCUCCGUACCCCGGUCUUCACAUAGAUGAGGAGUUCUGCCACAGACUGAAGGGGGGAACAAGGAUGCGAGCACCUGACUACAGCACACCUGAGAUUUACAGCACCAUGCUGGCAUGCUGGGAGGCCGGUCCCUCAGACCGACCCACCUUCUCGAACCUGGUGGAGACCCUGGGAGACCUGCUGCAGGCCAGGGUCCAGCAGGAAGGGAAGGAUUACAUUCCUCUAGUAUCUCUGGUGGGUGGAGAUACCGGCGAGACCUUCAAAGAAAACGUGCUGGCAGUCACAAACUUGAGUUACAUGAGGGCCAUGGCCACACUUCAGACGUUUGAGGAACCACUCUGCAAAGAGCCAGACAGCCCUUACGACGAGCAGAGCGACAGCGGCAUGGUUCUGGCAUCCGAGGAAUCCAAGAGUCUGACGUGGAACAACGGCCCAAAGAUCCGGAAAUUCAGCAGGUUCUUUGCCUUCACUGCGUGCCGGGACCAACAGGUGCCUUUCCGUUUGGACAACAUCAAAGGUCUCUGGGACGACUCGGUCUCGCCCUCCAUCCUGCCGUGUGAUUGGGAGUCUGACGAGGGGGGCUCUCCUCCUCCGGACUACAACUCGGCUUUCCUCUUCCCUUCCCUGUAGCAUCAGGGAAUACACACUCAUACAUAUAUAAUAAAUGUAUAUGUAUAUUCCUGCUCACAAUCUUUAAUCAACUAGAUCGUAGUCUGCGUCCUCCACGUGUCUUCUUCCGUCCUCCUUUCUCUCCUGUGACCAAAGAUGAAAACACAAUUUAAGAGAUGUAACACACAAACAUCCUUUUGCUGUUCUUAAGUUCACCAAAACCUCUACAGUUACAUUACCACACAUAAUGCUUCCCAGAGCAGCUAGGUGUUAUGCCGACAUACUACUAGAGCGUAUUCUUUUGGUACCUCAUGUGCUGAGCUUUGUUAAGAGGAACACUGCUGUAUAAAAUAAUAGUUCCUCAAACACCGCUUUUAUAUGCUGGAAAAAAAAGUAAUUCUACACUGAAUGAUAGUAUGUUUGACUGGAUCUAUUCAUCUGUAUUUAUUUAAAUGCUGCAUUUAUUCCAUGGAUGAGACCGUGGAUAUGUACUCCGUUGCCAGUUUCCUUUCAUGAAGGUUCUCUUGUUCGGUUUAAAUGAAACCGAUUGAAAAAGGUUCCAAUGGUAUUAAUGGAGCAAUAUAACAAAGAUACAUUUAUCUCACCAACAUUUAAAUAUUCUCCAGUAUAAAACAAAUUUGUGCUGAACUGUAUUAUAUUUUUAUUUUACAUUUUCAAAAUAUGUUAUUGAUUAAAAGCUGUAAUGUACCCAAUUUUCAAAAACAAGACUAUAUCCUGCAUGUAUCAAUUUUGGUAUUCUUUAUUAAAAUACUGC